AUGGCUCCCGAAGCUCGGAGACGGCGGCAGCGCGGAGCGCCGCACCACAGCCGUCUCACAGCCACAAGGUUACCGGGAGCCAACGCCACAAAGUUCAACACAACGAAAACCUCAACCCAGUCCCCAGAGCUUUUUUUCGGGUAUGACACAGCACUAGAAACUCGAGCUGUUCCUGGAGCACAGGAGAGAAACAAGAAGAAAGAAAAAGCCAGUCUUGACCACCGCCCCCAGACAGCACUCCCUCACAAAGAAGCCAGUUCAGCAGUCAGUUCUCCAGCGCACAGUGCAAUUAACAACCCCAGCACUACGGGCAGGCACCAGGCCUCCAGGCGAGGCCGGCCCCGGGGCAGGAGGAGAGGCGGGAGGCCGUCACCGAUCCCGAAGGGGCUCGGGGGCUGUCCCGGGAUGGGGAUGCCGGCGCUCCCCGCAGGGCCGCCGGGACGGGCCGGGAGCGGCUCCCCAGGGCGAGCCAGCGCCAGGCCCCGAGAGCACCGGGGGGCGGCACCACCCCCUGCCCGCGGCCGACGGGCUCCGAGCGGAGCUGGGGCGGGGACGGCCCCCCGCACCGCACGCCUCAAACACGGGCCCUGCCCACCCCGCCCCGCCGCUCGGAGUCACCCCCGGAGGCGGCGGCGGCGGCGGCGCGGCCGAGCUCGGCCCCACUUACCAGCCCAACUCGGAGAGCGCCGCCCGCGCCCGGUCGGCCAUGGCGCCUCCCCCGCCGCUCACCCGCAGCACUCGGGGCCGGCGGGAGCUGCGGGGAUCCCCGGCACUCGCUCGGAGGGAGAGGAGGGACGCGGGGCCCUCUCGUUCCCCCGCCCCGCGGGCCUCUCCGGGCGCUCGGGCCGGCCAGGGGGAGGGAAGGGGGGAGGGAGGGAGCAGAGGGAAGGAAGGAAGGGGCGGAGGCGGCGCAGGCAGAGACGAACAAAGCCCGCGACCGGCGGCUGCCUGGAAGCUGCCGCCGCCAUGGCUGGGAAGGGAAGGAGUGAGGGCAGCGCAGCGAGGGAGCGCCGGCCCUGCUCCUGGGGCUCGGGGCCUGCCGCCGUAAUAGCACGAUUUCAUUAUUGCUGUUGGAAGUGCCCAGUGCCCUCGGCUGCCAGUGACGAGCGAGGUGGGAGCACAGUCCUCCUGUCUACUCUGUGUUCCAGCAUUCAGAGAAACGGCCAGAAGGUGAAGGUGAACACGAGCAGUCCAGGAGUUAAGAAAAUGCUUAUCAAGGCCUUGGCGCUCAGGGUUUCUGCCUGCAGAGAAACAAGAACAGAUGGAUACUUCCUUAACACCUGCUGCUGUGGGAGUCUUCUGAAACACUUGCAAAGUCUGCAGCCCCUGGAGAGUCCAUGCAGAGUCAGGUUUACCCUGAAGGACUGCGGUCCAUGGGAGGGCACAGGCUGGAGCAGAGGAAAGGAGUCCCUGCUGGAUAAACAUUGCUGGGGCAUCCCACUUGCCAAGCAGAGCCAAGGCAGUCUUCUGUACCUUCCUGUUGCUUUCUACAGCUCAGGCUCUCUGCCAUUAUCUCCUUCAAUCAAGCAUGAUUACAUACGUGGCUUCAGCUGGCAUUCUGACAACUCAAGGCGUCAGAUAGUGACAAAUAUAAACAGUGCUCUUAAAUCUGGAAAUCAGUAUGUAAGAGGUAGCAUGGUUGAACUUUGGAACCAAUAUAAGCUGUAUCACUAUAAAACAAGGAAUACUACAAAUGGUAUUAGACAUUUCAACAACAUCUAUAUUAUGUACCUUUAAACCUCCCAAAAUAUAUUUAUGGUAUCAGGAAAUUAUUCUAAUGGAUCUGAUGCACAUGCAGUGUUCAGUGAAGUGGAUUGCCCCUGUAGAGGUUAUAAACACAUCUGAUCCAUAAAACUCAGCUUCCUCACUGACCUGUUUCGCCUAGUGACACCUAAUUAUUUGAGCUAGCAGAUUUAAAAUGUGCUUAACAGAUUUGUAAUUUUAUCCUGAGUGAAGAAUCAACUCAAUCAAACUUCUAUCCAAUUUUAGAAUGGCAUUAAAAAAAUUUGGCAACUGAAAAACUGCUAAGAUGUUUUUAUCAAAGCAGUUGGGAAUUAUACUUCUGAAAUUGCCUGCGGCUGUUUAUAAGGUUUUUUUUUUUUAAAAACAGUGCCUCUAUAUUGAUGACAGUGUCUCAUCUAUUGCUAUAAACCAAAGCAAAAAAUUUCAACAUAAUGAUAAAAAUGAAGUUAAAGUUGGUAGCUGAGCUUCUUCAAAAAGGUUCUGAUUUUGGGGUUAGAGUAGUCUCAUGUCUUUUUAUAUCAUGUUUAAUAAUUCAUUUUUGCCUCUGAGAGUCUUUUCUUUCUGAAACUUGGCAUGACAUAACAUACUAUUAAUCAGCAUUGUACACACUCAACUCUCAAUCUUUUCCAUUUCCCCAAGUGCCAUAAAAACUUAAGGAAGGCAAACGUCUCAAUUGAAAAGCCUAAAUUUAAUGUUUUGUCACAAUUCAGCUAUUAUGCAGGAAGCUGAAUGGCUUAUAAUUGUUAGGUCUUUAGCUGAUACAGGAUCACAGAUUUUAGAAAGCUGAUGGGUUAGCAAGGCCAGCUAUUUCAUUUAAGCCAAACAAGGAAGCAGUACAAUUUAUGAUUCUUUUACUAAUGGCAGAAAGCAAUGGAACCUUAGAAUAGCAUAGUUCAGUUGGAAGGGACCUAAGACAAACAUCUAGUCCAGGUGACUGACCAGUUCAGGACUGACCAAAAGUUAAAGCAUGCUAUUAAGGGCAUCAUCCAAAUGCCUCUUAAACACUGACAGGCUUGGGGCAUUGACCACUUCUCUAGGAAGCCUGUUACAGUGUUUGACCAUCCUCUCAUGAAGAAACGCUUCCUAAUCCAGUUUGAACCUCCUGUGAUGCAGGUUUGAACCAUUCCUUUCUGUCCUAUCAUUGGGUCUGAGGGAGAAGCAAUCAGAACAUCCCUCUCCACUUCCCCUUCUCAGGAAGCUGCUCCGGAGAGCAGAGGUCACCCCUCAGCCUCCUUUACUCCAAACUAGACAAACCCGAAGUCCUCAGCUGCUCCUCAUAGGCAGCACACAAGGCACACAAGUAUUGUGUUCAAAGUUCAGAUUAAGUGUUAAUAUAUGACCAGAGUUCAAAUUACUAUGUGUGUAUGUGUGUAUACCAGAAGGACAACGCAGAAAACAGCAAGAGAAUUAAGUCACAGAGCAAUCCAAAGGAGAGAACUCAGAGUAAAAUGUUAUCAGGUGAAAGAUGUGUCUCCUGUUUCCUA